AUGGCAAACAAGCCGCCAAUAGAACAGAUAGCGGACCGCUGGAAUCAACACCUCCGGCGGAAGAACAAGAUUACUCCGUCCUGGGCGUGUACUCUAUGCCCGGAACGAAGAAUAUUCAACUCCAAUGACGCAUUAUGGGAGCAUGCUCAACACGACCAUCUACAAUCCUUUCCUUCUGAGCUCAAUGCUCUGCAGAAAUUCCGAGAGGAAUAUGAGGCUGAGUGUGCUCAAAAGACCUCGAGGUCUUUGCCUUCGAGAGAUGACCCCAAAGAACAACCAAACUUGAACGAAGCAAACAGGGCUAGCCCAGAGCCACCACCGUCAAACCGUCCGCUUUCUACACCGACACGCCUUGCCGGCGCUCGAUCAAUUUCUGGACUAGGAGCACUAAAUCUGGGCACACCUGCUGAGGAUGUUGAUAUGAGAGACUUGUCCGAUGAAGCCGCAGGUGUCCAGCCUAGAAAACGAGCUGCAAUUGGCGAUGGUAUAUCUGCAGGCUCUGCUAGCCCUUUUAGAGACUCAUCUGCAAGUCCCCCACCAAGACGGUCAAAAGCAAGGCCAACUUCAGCUCCGUUUGCCUCCCCUGAGGCGGAGACGCGAGACAUGUUCGACGUCCCAAGGCCUACUUCGAGUACCCGGCGGCAAUUGUGGACAGAGCGCGAUGCACCUUUGACCAGGUCAUCAGUACAAGAUUCCUCAAAUAUUGCUUCGGUUCAGGUUCAGAAGGCAAGAAAACUUCUGAGCUCUCCACGACCACAGAAGCCUUCUCAAGUCUCUCAAAGCACCCGGUCACCAGCGCCCCUCGCACAAAGCAGCCCUGCUGCUUCUCAGAACCUAUUUUCACCUGCGAGCGAUGACAGCUAUGACAUUAUCCCCCAACCCGAAACCCGACCUAUCUCACAAGAACAGUUAGUGGCAGAAGUGAAAGGUAUCUAUGCCGGUCUAGUCAUGGUGGAAGCCAAAUGUAUCGAGGUCGACAACAAGCAAGCUAUACUGGCCCAAGGAACCUCUCAACCCAAGCUCAACAACGAGCAGUGGCAAGCACUGAUUGCUCUCCAUAGAACCCUACUACAUAAACAUCAUGACUUCUUUCUCGCAUCCCAGCAUCCUUCAGCUAGCCCGGCCUUGCGUAGACUAGCAUCGAAGUAUGCAAUGCCUGCUAGAAUGUGGCGGCACGGAAUCCAUUCAUUCCUUGAAUUACUACGACACAGGCUACCUGCAUCGCUAGAUCACAUGCUUGCGUUCAUAUAUCUAGCUUAUUCCAUGAUGGCGUUAUUAUAUGAAACCGUUCCAGCCUUCGAAGACGCAUGGAUAGAGUGCCUUGGGGACUUGGGACGAUAUCGGAUGGCGAUUGAGGAUGAUGAUAUCAGAGACCGAGAGGUGUGGACCGGAGUAGCGCGACACUGGUAUUCCAAGGCUUCAGACAAAGCACCCACAAUAGGCCGGCUUUACCACCAUCUUGCAGUCCUAGCACGGCCGAACGCUGUGCAGCAAUUGUUUUAUUACUCGAAAUCACUUUGUGUCGCUAUACCUUUCACAUCUGCUCGCGAGUCAAUACUUACACUCUUCGAUCCUAUCCUCGAUUCAGAUCCUAGCACCAUGUGUCAUAGACUUCCUCCUCUCGACAUAGCAUUCGUCAAAGCUCAUGGUCUCCUGUUUACUAACAAGACUGAUCAUUUCAGCUCGGCCAAGGACGAAUUUCUUACCCUACUGGAUAAUCAGAUUGGCCGAGUGACCAGGAAAUUCAUGGAGCAGGGCUUUCAUAUAGCUAUUGCGAACAGCGUUGCUUUAACCGGUUUCGCUCCCAAGGACAACAUAUUGAUGCAAAUCGUCAACUCCAACACGGCAAGCAGCACUUCCAUGCACGGCCUCGACGAUGGGACACCCCAGAUCGGUGCUCCAAGAAUUGGCGAUUCAUAUUCUAUCAACGCAACACUUCAGAUCGUUCUUCAAAGGAUUGGCGACCCAAACGUUCUUCCGUUCAUCCAUGUUACCUUGGUUUUCAUGCACAAUAUGACUCGUCGUGCUAGUGCCAGUGCUAUGGUUUUGCUUCAAAAGGACUUCCCUUGGGAUUUCCUCGCGAUUAUGCUUAAUACGUCGCGGGCACAGUAUAAAAGCUCAAGUCGUAUUGAAGCCGAGCAAUUCCCAAUACCAGCAGCCGAUGUCCGUCCGUUCCCAGAAGACUUUGCGAUCCGUGGCCUUUUAUGGGCCGAGGAUUAUUUUCCUGCAGAGUGGUUCACGAAUGAAAAGAUCGACGAAGAAGAAGACAAACCUCUUGAGCGCCCCUCUAUGUUUGCACGCGAGGACGAACAGGAUUCAGUUUUCGCAGAUACAAAUAGGAGCUCACGUGGACGACAAUUGGAAACGUUCCUGUCGCGCGCAAAGAAAGCCUUUGAAUACUUGGCGGACAUCCUCUUUCUUCAGCAAAAGGCAGAAGUUCGGUCUUACAAUUCCGAAUCUCUUACUCUGGGCAAGCUAUGGUGUAUUGCAAGACGGACGGUUCAAUGUCUUCCAAAAUCAUUAGCUGGGAUCGUCCUCCUGAGUCAAAUGCAAGUUGUGUCAGCUAUGCCAACAGGGCCUCUAUCUCCGGAAGCAGCGUCGUCUAUACCAGGAACUAUCGCCCUCGCCGCGAUACUUGGGAGUAUCCUCGCUGGCACCAUGUACUUUCCCCACUGGCGAGAGACAAGUCGCUUGGUAAUACCUACCGGCUUAGUCAAUAUUGCGUGCUAUUCUAUUGGCAUGGACAGCAGGAUCUCUGCCGCUGAUCUAGCCGUCGCUGCGUUAUUCGCGGCAGGGCUCAAUAUCCUACUGGUGAAAGACAAACUUCGAAGGCACAUGAGGACUGGCGGACUUAUGGCUUUGAUAAUCGCAAUGCUGGGAAUGCUGACGGCGUUUGUUCUUGCAUCCAGUUUGACCUUUCAAGAAGGCGAGCGGUAUUCUAAUCAAUUGACCUCUGUGACAAUGGGAUUAUUACCCGGUACUUUUCUGUGGGAAGUUGUAUUUCUCGUUCUCGUUCAAUUACUUGGACCUGGAGCUGCUACCGAGGGACGAGUUCACAGCUACCCGCGAGGCGAACGUUCAAGAUCUCCAGUCCGAAGAAAUCCUCUCGUCCUUCCGAGGUAUAACGAUUAUCGAUUCCAGCCUCGUGCCAUGUAA